AUGUCCGCCAUUGACAUGCAGCUGAUGAUCAGCUUCCUCCAGGCGACUGUUUCAUUUAUUGUCAUCUAUCAACGCAAUGCGUAUCGCUUGGCGUACGUCGACAAUCGUCUGACAGCCCUUCUCCGCCUCAGCCAGUCCACCAUGCGUGACCUGGAGCAGGAAGUACGUGCAAGUGGCGCGGGCCUGUCUCCACCAGACUACUACUCUUGUGUCGCUGACACGGCUAAUGACCAACGACAGUUGUCUGCUCCUGGCAUGCCACUUAUGCCUAGGACUUCUGAACAUACUGCAGGUGGGCUAUGUGUAGCCAAAGUCGCCUCUUCGUUCAAGCUCCACGACGUUUUGCACGCUCGUUCGACUGGGCACAAUGACGACGGCACUUACACCGACCACCAUCCCCAGUGUGGUUCUCCCAUCACGCCAUCAAUGGACCACGUAUCUUAUGCAGUAACAAGGGUUGAGUCCAAUAGACUAUGGCCUGGGAGGCGUGGGGUCGGUCACGUUUGGCAGAUCUGA